CCCCUCUGAACUCAGUUGUCUCAACAAACUAUCCUCCCUUUGCUCCUUCGCACAGGGAGAUCUCAUGGCUUCAACCAAUACUUCCAUUCCUCUUGUUUAUGCCAUCUGGAUCGCGUUCCUUCUUUUCUUUGGAUCCGUGCAACUAUGCCUCUGUUUCAGUGGAAAUAGUUCCGGGUCAGGAGGCUGCAUAGCGAGGGAAAGGAAGGCUCUUCUUAGCAUACGAAAGGGCAUCUAUGACGCCCACAGAUGGCUCUCUUGGAAUGAAAAAGACUGCUGCAGAUGGAGAGGAGUUCGAUGCGACACCAUCACCGGACAUGUCGUAAAGCUUGACCUCCACUACCCAUAUAAUGUUGAAUAUCCUAAUAAAAGUGAGGUAAGUCCUUCACUACUUCGCUUGAGACAUUUGAAUUAUUUGGAUUUGAGCAUGAACAAUUUUGGUGGUGCCCCGAUCCCUAACUUCAUUGGAUCUCUUGCCAAGUUGGAGUAUCUAGACCUCUCGCAUGCUAGGUUUGGUGGAACAAUCCCUCACCAACUCGGGAACCUCUCAAACUUACUCCAUCUUGAUCUCGCUUCAAACCUUCACAACUCUUCGGAUGUUGACAAUCUUGGCUGGUUACCUUCCAUCCGUUUCCUGCAGCAUCUUGACAUGAGUAAUGUCAACCUCUCAAAAGCAUCCAACUGGAUUCAUGUGAUCAAUAUGCUCCCUUCUCUUUCUGUCUUGCGUCUGUCUCGUGCUACUCUUCCUAGCCUUCCCUCUACACUACCCCAUGUUAAUUUCACUUCUCUUACUACACUUGAUCUCUCUUGGAACAACUUUGCUUCAAGCAUACCCGGUUGGCUGUUUAAUCUUAGCAGCCUUGAACUUCUAGACCUUGGGUACAAUAAUUUCCAUGGCAUUAUACCACUUGCCAUCGGGAAUCUCAAGAAGCUUCGAGUCUUAGAUCUCUUAGCGAACAACUUCAGUGGAGACAUCCCAGAAACAGUAGGCAGUCUCAAGAGCUUGCAGUCAAUAAAUUUGAUUCAGAACAAUAUCAGUGGGGGUAUACCAGAAACCGUGGGGAAUCUCAAAAGCUUGGUGUCCUUGUCCCUCAGUAUAAACACAAUUAGUGGGUGUAUACCAGAAACUGUGGGGAAUCUCAAAAGCUUGGAGUUCUUGGACCUCAGCUCUAACAGCAUCAGUGGGCGUAUACCAGAAACUGUGGGAAAUCUCAAAAGCUUGGUGACCCUGGUCCUCAGCGCAAACAAUAUCAGUGGUGAAAUACCAAAGACCAUUGGGCGGCUUACCAAGCUGCAGAAUUUAGGGUUGUAUGACAAUCAAAUUAGUGGGGAGAUUCCAGAAACCAUAGGGAAUCUCGGUGAGUUGAGCAGUUUGGAUUUAUCACAGAAUCUUAUCAACGGGCAGAUACCUAGAACAGUGGGUAACCUCUGCAACUUGAGCAACCUUAUUGCUUUUGAUAACAAUAUAAGUGGAGAUAUUGCAGGAUUCAUGGAAGGUUUCUCGAGAUGCAGCACCAACAGAUUAUGGUAUGUUAGUUUGCAACGGAACAAUCUUAGCGGUCCUUUGCCCAAUCAGAUAGGAGAGCUCCAAAGUUUGGGCUAUCUUGAUCUUGGUUCUAAUUUAUUGGACGGUUCAAUUCCUGCAUCAUUGGGGAAGUUAUCUGCCCUUUAUUAUCUGAAUCUUGCAGCAAAUUCCUUGGCAGGUGCACUGACUGAAGCCCACUUCGCUAACCUCACAAGCUUAUCAGAAUUGUAUCUGUCUUAUAACUCAUUGACAGUAAAUGUGAGUCAAGAUUGGCUUCCUCCAUUUAAAGCACGCUACAUCAGCAUGGCGUCUUGUCCACUGGGGCCCAAAUUCCCUACAUGGCUUCGGAACCAGACUGAUUUAACUUUACUGGACUUAUCUAGUGCAGGAAUAUCAGAAAAUUUCCCUGAUUGGUUUUCGGACAUGCGUCCGCCUAUGUACUUUCUUAAUGUUUCUCAUAAUCAUAUGAAAGGAAAGCUACCUAGCUUUGAACCUCUACCCCCCACCCAGAUUCCAGGAUUAAUAGAUCUAUCCAACAAUUUAUUCUCUGGACCUAUUCUGCCAACCUUGGGUGGUGGUGUCGACCAUCUUGGCAUUCUGCUUCUUGCACAUAACAGGUUCAAUGGCAGCAUUCCAUCAGCAUUUUGUGGGGCAAAUAAUCUAAAAGUUCUCAAUCUUGCCGAUAAUGAUUUAUCAGGAGUUGUCCCUAACUGUUGGAACAAUUCAUCUCUUUUGGGAGUCAUUGAUUUCUCUGAUAACAAAUUGUCAGGAGGCAUUCCUAGCUCAGUGGGAUCUCUCAGUCAGCUCAUAUCACUGCAUUUGAGAGACAACAACUUCUCUGGUAAAAUUCCUUUGUCCUUGCAACAGUGCAAACAACUGACUACUAUUGACCUUGGCAAUAAUAAGUUGUCAGGUAGCAUACCUGAGUGGAUUGGAGGGAGCCUCUUAUCAUUAAAGGUUCUCCGUCUGCGAUCAAAUAUGUUGGAUGGUAAUAUUCCUAAGCAACUGUCACUCCUUGCUUCUCUUCAAGUGUUGGAUCUUGCUGACAACAAGCUUUCUGGAACUUUGCCACCAUCAUUUGGUAAUUUCACGGCCAUGAUUAUGAUUCCAAAUGGGGGCAAACCUGUUUUUGAUGAAUAUAUUGCCUCCUAUUAUACUGAAAAUAUCCAGAUAACCACGAAAGGUUCAGAACUCACAUUCACUAGUGUGCUCUCAUUUGUGGCAAGCUUAGAUCUCUCAGACAACAAUAUUUCUGGAGAGAUUCCUGAGGAGUUUACAAACCUUCAUGGGCUUCAUUCCUUAAACUUAUCGGGGAAUCAUUUGACAGGAAGAAUUCCGAUCAAUAUUGGUGCCAUGGGGCAGUUGGAGUCACUUGAUCUAUCACUGAACCACCUAUCAAGCACAAUUCCUACAAGCAUCGCAGAUUUGAAUUUUUUGGAGCGCCUGAACUUGUCCCACAACAAUCUAUCAGGAAGGAUUCCAUCUGGCAACCAACUCCAAACCUUGAAUGAUCCAUCUAUCUACAUUGGCAAUCAGUAUCUUUGUGGACAGCCUCUGCCAGAAAAAUGCCCCAGCGAUGAACCUGCAGAAGGUCCAACAGAAGAAAAACAGGAUGAAAAUGGUUCAGAAAUGAUAUGGUUUUAUGUUGGCUUAAGUCCGGGAUUUGUGGUUGGCUUCUGGGGAUUUCUUGGUGCAGUGAUGCUAAAAAAAAGCACAAGGUAUGCUUAUAUCCAAUUCAUUGAUAGGAUAUGUGAAUGGAUUUAUAUGGUUGUAACAAUAAAUUCUGCUAGGCCAAAGUCCAAGAGAAACCGAGGACGCAGAGGACGCAGGUAAGCAGUUGCAAAGUUGUAAUGCUUCCCCACUGUGUAUGGUUUAGGAUUUGAUGUUUCUGCCAUGCAUCAUGCAUGAAAGUUUAGUAGAAAUAUGGACUAUUAGAAUAAAUAGAAAUGCUUGGAAACCAUUUAAAUGGUUUAGUUAUUAAGGACUUAAAGCUGUAAUUGAGUGAAUUGCUUAAGCAAGCCUAGAAGCCUCUCUAUAUUUGCUAUAUGCUGAAACUUUUCUUUCGAUGCUUUUAUCAAUGUAAGUGACAGGUGUAGGCAUCCUAACUGUUUUGCUUAGAAAAAAUAUUUGGAUGCUUUAUUCUUAUCAUCAUUUCAAA